ACCCCUGAACUCGCUUUAAUUUCCUACCAACUCUUCUCCCUUUCACCAUCCUCAUGGAGGCAAGCGAGGCAACCACUACCACCACCACAUUCCAUUGUCCACCCUCUUCCUCUCCUUCGUCCUCUCCUGCCUCUUCUCCUCAUGUAGCUUCUCCCCCGGUUGUUCUCAGCCCCUGUGCUGCCUGCAAGAUACUCCGCCGGCGAUGCAGUGAGAAGUGCAUGUUUGCGCCUUAUUUCCCUCCCAACGAACCCCUCAAGUUCGCGACCUCCCAUCGAGUCUUCGGUGCGAGCAACAUCAUCAAAUUAUUACAGGAGCUUCCAGAAAGCCAAAGGGCUGAUGCAGUGAGUAGCAUGGCAUAUGAAGCAAAUGCUCGUAUCAGAGACCCAGUGUAUGGGUGCGCAGGGAUUAUUUGCCAGCUCCAGAAACAAGUGAGUGAACUGCAAGCCCAGCUAGCCCGGGAGCAGGCUGACCUCCUCACUAUGAAGACCCAGCAUGCAAACUUGGUUGCGGUCAUCUACAUGGAGAUGGCUCAGUCUCCGCAGUUAGUGAGAGACAAUUUCAACACAAAUAAUCUUAACUUACUUCAGACUGAUGCCUUCAUGCAAGAUGAUUAUUGCCAAGGUUCGAUUUGGGAGGAACCCCUGUGGACCUGAGUAAAUUCUGAAAAAGAAAGAGCUCUUCUGUCCACUAGAUGAAUAAAUGGACAUGUGUAUGAAAAAAGUGAAUAAGAUGUCAUCUUGGAUUUGGAAUUUUGUACUUGAGAUGGAUCGGUAGCAGAAGAGAUGGGAGAGGGAUCGAUGUUUUUCACCAAGGAAAUAACACUAAUUUGUUCUUGUUUGACUGCAGGAAAUGUUCAUGAUUUCUC